CACAGCUCAGUAUCUCCGCUCUCUCUCACGAUGCAUGAAUCCACAGGUCUGACGAUCCACACAGGCAUCAUCUUAUCCAUCUGAGGCACUUGGAGGGAAGGAUUUGAGUCAGAGCUCCUGCGAGAGCCUGCGUGGAAAAUGCCAUCAACUCUAGAGCAGCAGUGAUCUGGACCCGAGCCACAGCAGGGAUGAAUGCAUCUGAUGAGUCCUCCUACCAUGAGGAGGUGCUCCUGGGUAACUCCACCUGGGCUUACUCUUACUAUCACCAAAACUACACCCUGCCCCCUCCACUGCUACCAGACAAGAGCAGCACCUCCAAACCAGCAGCAUGCGAGCAGGUCCACAUCGCCAUAGAGGUCUUUCUGAUCCUGGGUAUCAUCUCCCUGCUGGAGAACAUCCUGGUCAUCACAGCCAUAGUAAAGAACAAGAACCUCCACUCGCCCAUGUACUUCUUUGUCUGCAGUCUGGCAGUGGCAGACAUGCUGGUGAGUGUGUCCAACGCCUGGGAGACCAUCAUCAUUUACCUUCUUAACAACAGACAGCUGGUGGUGGAGGAGCACUUCAUCCGGCAGAUGGACAACGUGUUUGACUCCAUGAUCUGCAUCUCUGUCGUUGCGUCGAUGUGCAGCCUACUGGCCAUUGCUGUGGACAGGUAUGUCACUAUCUUCUAUGCGCUGAGAUACCACAACAUCAUGACAGUGAGGAGAGCUGGCUGCAUCAUCGGGGGAAUCUGGACCUUCUGCACGGGCUGCGGUAUCGUCUUCAUCGUGUACUCAGACACCACCCCCGUCAUCAUCUGCCUGGUCUCUAUGUUCUUCGCCAUGCUGCUCAUCAUGGCCUCCCUCUACAGCCACAUGUUCAUGCUGGCCCGCUCACACGUCAAGCGCAUCGCGGCCCUGCCCGGCUACAACUCCAUUCAUCAGCGGGCCAGCAUGAAGGGCGCCAUCACACUGACCAUCCUGUUGGGGAUCUUCAUCGUCUGCUGGGCUCCCUUCUUCCUGCACCUGAUCCUAAUGAUCUCCUGUCCGCGCAACCUCUACUGCGUGUGCUUCAUGUCCCACUUCAACAUGUACCUCAUCCUCAUCAUGUGCAACUCUGUGAUUGACCCGCUCAUCUACGCCUUCAGGAGUCAGGAGAUGAGGAAGACUUUUAAGGAGAUCAUCUGCUGCUGCAGCCUGAGAAACGCCUGCACCAGCAUCUGCGACCUGACAGACAGGAGACAAAGGAAAUGCCUGAAAAAUGAGUGGAGAAGCAGGAUGACAGUGGGGUCACGAGUUGUCACUGGUUGAUGAGUAUGAAAAUGUAAAUAUAUUAUAAAAAUGUAAUAUGGUUUCACAAAGAUAUUUCAGACUGGAGUGUAGUGUUGGUCCAGUCUUAAUGUUGCUCAUGGAUCAAUGUUAGUUAAACUGUUUCACGAAAACAAAGACUGACUCAUUUUAAGCCAAACACAUUAGACACCUUGCCCCCGGACUAACUCAGGCCUAAGACCAAUGUUCCCACGGUAACAAUCAAAGACACCUGCACUGACCAGUAGCACCCAGCAACAAGAAACAAUAAAACAUGGCUCAUAAUGUGUGGUUGUCUAACAUUGAAUUGAAUUGAAUUCUUCCUAAUGACAAACAUUUUCUGCUGAGGGUAAACGGAGCUCAGCUGCUGGGUGCGGUUCCUCAGUCGGCCCUUUUUUUUCAAAUUUAAAAAAGUCUUAAUUUACCCAGAAUUCAUUGUAACACAGCCCGGCUUAAGAUAGCUGAACUAAACUGCUUUGCGCAACAGGUGAAUUUAGACUCUGUCUAUCUGAAGUCUGACUAUUUGUCAUAUCUAAGACACAGUCAAGGUCUGUCUUUGUGAAACCGGCCCCUGAUCUCAACCCAGUUGAACACCUAUGGGAGAUUUUGAGCCGGCGUGUUAGACAGCGUUCUCCACCACCAUCAUCAAAACACCAAAUGAGGGAAUAUCUUUAGGAAGAACCGGAGACGUGUAGAAUCAACACCAAGGAGCACUGAAGCUGGUCUGGUGGCCCCACAUCUUACUAAGAUGCUUUAUGUUGGUUUUUCCUUUAUUUUUUCACCCAUCUGUAUAUGUACUGUGCACACAGUCACAGUACAUAUAAAGGUUUUUUCUUUUUCACUAUUGUCAAUAGAAAACCUUGACGCUGUUGUGUAGGAGCACUUAUAUACUUUCUUUUAACUAUGCAUUGGUGUGCGCAUGAUGGCUACUCAGUGUUGGUUGUGCACGACUGGUGUAGGCAGUGAAGUCAACAACACCUGGGUAAAGUUUUGAAGAGAACCUAAUAGAUCUUGUGUGCCUUUACCCAUGUUUAUAUGAUACCUGUUGCUUUGGCUGCUUUUACAAAGUCUGUAGUUGCAUAUGUGAAAAAAGUAUAAAGCCUAAAAGUUAACAGCCUAAAGUCUGAUAAAUGUCUGAUUCAUGUCCUCAGGUGAAGUCCCUUGAGUCAGCGUCAGUCAGGGUCUGAGGACUACAAGUUUAAAAAUGAAAGAAAUCUGGGGGUGUGGCAUUAGAAAGACAUGAACUUCAUCUCUGCUUGAUGCUACAUUAGCUGCUACUAUCAUAACAUAUUAGGUGAGAGAGGGGACUAGAACAACCAAACAUUUACAUAUUAAACUUACUUACAUCUAAUAACCCAUACCAUUAAAAGAUGAUUACACAUGACAUUCAAAUCAUUCAGAAUAUGAAUUUGAAUGGAAGAAUUCAGAUGUUGCACCUGACCCCAACUGUUGCAGCAUAUUAAAAAAACAUUAAAUUUCACUGAUUAACUUUUGCUUUUUUUCUCAAUAGCAUAUUAUUCUGAAAAUAUGUAUUGUUUACAAUAAAAAUAUGAAAUUAUUUAUUUAUAUGAUAAUAUUAUAUCAUCAUUUAUAUAUAUAUUUAAUAAUAUUUAUCAAAGAACAGUUAUUGAGUUUUGUUUUUAGCCAUAGAACUACAACUUGAGUCAAAAUAUUCACAAUUUAUUUAUGUUAUUGCUUUUGAUAAACAGAACAAGCAAAUAUAUUAUAAAGCCAUGAGAGGCUAACGAAAUAAUUCCCAAAAUUGUUUGUAUUCUGUUAUACGUUAAAAUUAACAAUUAUUGUUAUUUAAUUAUAUUUUUAUUGUAAUUAUUGGGACAAAUUCAGCUGCAUAUUUUGCCUAUUUAGAACUAAAAUGUUGACAAAUACUUUGAUGGUACUGUUUUGAUUUGGAUGCUUAGUAUGGGGACAGUCGCCACCCGGUCAGCCAUGACAGAACAACACGUGCUAACUAAACACACUGACCUUUACACAUGCUAACCAUGUCACUUAGAAGUCAACAAAACUAUGAGUUAAACUAAGUAUGUUGCGAUUAAUUCAAACAAAAGGUCAGGACAGUUCUUCUAAAAUACAGUUUGGUUUAAAAAAAAAAAUCUGGUUGGAUGACGUAUUGCAACUGCCCCCCCCCCCCCCCCCCCCCCCAUCAUCACUGAUUGUAUUUUCAGCAGCCCGGUGGUGUUGUGGGUAAUGUAGGCACCAGGUUUUGACAAUGAAGAAGAAUGUGUUCAAUAAAAAAGACAGUACUUCUGUUUCUGCUGCAUUGAUUUUUUAGUAAUUGUCCAUCAUGAGUCUAAAAAUGUCAACGCCAGUUCACGGUUUCUGUGGAGCACAUGCAUGUGCACUGUCCACAUCCAAGUCCACAGCUGACCACGUUUAUUUUGGAGUAUGAUCAGGUCUUUAGAGGGAUACUCUGUGACAGUAUGCACUACAUUUACAUUAAAGUCACAUUUAGAAAUGUGUUAAUUUGCAGAAUCUUACGUUUUGGAGGAAGAUAUUUUGGUGUCAGUCCUGAUCUGCUCCCUUUAUCUCCAAGAACACACAAUGUAUUCUGCAUGUACGUCAAUUAGAACAACAUUAGGCUCAGAUGGACACCAGCACUGUGAGAAAAAGUUUAUUUGAAUUAAGCCGAAACGCUGAUGAUCAAACUGACUGUCCCUUUGGUGGAUUGAAUGUUUACACCUCCAACAAGCUGAGAAACAAGUCACACAUUAUUUGUUCAUGGCCUUAGACAUAAAAGUAUGUUACCUUGUUUGUUAUUUGUAAGUGGGGAAAGGUUGGCUGCUACUGAACUUUUGGAUAGCCUGACGAUGUUUAAUGCGACGGUGUAUUAGGGCCACAUUGAGGGAAAAAAAAGAAAUCUGAAAUUACAAGAAAAAGUCAUAAUAUUCCAAUAAAAAAGUUGUAACAUUACAAGAAUAAAGUCCUAAUGUUACAAGAAUUAAGAAUUUGAGAGAAAAAAAACACAUCAUUUUUAGGAAUAUUACAUCAACCAAUCAACCAGGUGAAAGGUCAGUCAGUGGCAGGCUGAGCUGCUUCUGGCAGCUGCUGGUUGUCUGUCUAACAAUAGAAGAGACUCCGUUUCUUCGAUGAUGAUGAUGAUGAUGAUGAUGAUGAUGAUGAUGAGCCAAAAGAUGAAGUAUCUACUAUUUGUGAAACCUCUGCUAAAGUAGACCUCCACAUUCCUCAUCUUAAAGCAGGUUAACGCUGCUGCUCUUCUGAUAUUUCCUCUAAAACAACAUGUGACCUUAAAUUACCACUUUAUUCUCAUAAUAUUAUGACUUUAUGAUUUUAUUCUCAAAAUUAAAAUUAAAUUAUUUUCUCAAUGUGGCCUUCAGACUCCGUCGUAGUUUAAUACCAUGUAUUAAAGUCAGUAAACACGCCGUAAGUUUACACUUCAAAUGUAAAAACUGAAUGUAGAAAUAGCUUCACAGUGCUGUCUGUAAGUGUGUGUUGGUGGUGCCUUACCUCCCGACUGAGAAGCUCGACAGAACUUCAUCACAAAAAUCAACCAUCAGCAGGAACUGCUUUACGAACAAAAUGUAAUCGCUGCAUGGCGAAUAUUAAAUAUUUGUUUUGCAGUGUUACAUAUUAAUAUUUAUUACAAAUAAAAACAGGCUAUUUGUAUUAUUUGUAUCUUCAGACAGAUCCAUAGCAUUUUAUGCAGAUAGACAAGAUGAAAAGAUGAAGAAAUAGUAUUAAAAGGACAUUUGUUUCUGUUUUGUAUCGUAACUGCCUUACUGUGAGAUCAAAAGAAGAGCGUAUGAAUACGCACACAAAUGUAUACAUUUUAUUAAAACCCAAUGAUAUAUCCACAUAUAUUUUUCCUGUCCCUGUGGGUUUGAAGAAUGACAGCUCCAUGUUCAUUCACCUGUAAUAUGACACAUGGCUUCCUUGUUACUGUUGAUGGGGAAGCACUCAGUUCUUGUUCCCACAGAAACAGCAGCAAAACCACUGAAACGAUGAUGUGAAGCUGGACAGGCGUGAAGUCCACAUGCUGAUUACUGAUUGCAUGCUCAGAUAACAGCUGUGGGGACAUAUUUCAUGUUAGUAAAUAGUAAAGUGUUGGCAUGCAGAAAUAUUAAUGUGAGUUACAGUUAAAAUGAAAUAAGAUCGAUGUCAGUGUUGGCCAUGUUGCUUAAAAAUGAGGUAUUUUAUUUACUGUACAUAUGUCUGAAUAAAAGCAAAAGGUAAAAUGGA